AUGCAGAGACGAGACUACGGAAAAGAGGGAAUAGUGAAUAAAGAAGUAAAGAAACAGGGUAAAGUGGAACAAAAAGGCACUAGACAAGAAAAAGAAAAGAAAAGGCAAACAAGAAGGAGAUACGAUCAGGAGAAAGAAAGCAAAAGAGAAGUAAUAAAAGAUAGAAUAGCAGCAAACCAGGAAGAGGCGAAUGACAUUAAGACAUAUCAAGAGAGAGAAGAUAG